UAUCACUGCACAGAACAAUGUCAAGUCUGUUUAUAGAAAAUGGAGAACAAAAAGCAGACAACACAGGUGGAAAGAGACAAGAAUCUGGCGUUUCGAAAGUGGUUAAGACAGAAGAGAAAACAACAUAAAUAUGAUAAAAAAGUGGAGAGAUAUAAAAACGCAGAAUUAGUAGAUGAUCACCUGAUACGAACACAAGAGGAUUGCAACAAAGUAUUUAAAACGUGGCUUCAUGAUAAAAACAAAGAAAGCCGCCAAAAGAGGGAAGAAGUGGAGAAAAAUAUCAAGUUACAGGCUAUGAUACAGAAACGGAAAAAAGAAGAGGAGAAAAAACGAAUAGAAAACCUUCACAGCAAGCCAUUUAUGUUGUGAUUAAUGCAGUUUAUGAACUUAAUAUAUACGCUUAUAACAUACAUUCUUAAAGCAAUAAAACAUGUAAUAUUGCGUGUUUUUGUUUUAAUACAUUUUUAAAACUUUAUUUGGAGAUUUAAACAUUUGUAAGUGACACUUGAAUUCUCAUUAUAAGAUUGUAAGAGGCCUUGCACAAUUAACCUCAUAUAAUCUUGCAUCAUGUGUCUUGUAAAAGGCCAAUUAUAAAACAUAACUGCGCAUGUAGAAAGAAAUAUAUCCUCAAAAUGUAGCACAUAUUCGUGUAGUAUACUUAGUAAGUCGUUGAAUAAUUAAUUCUAUUUAAUGAUAAACUAACCCUUCAUGGAGUAGUUUUCUAAUCAAGAAGUUGUUUAAAAAUUACUUGUAAGCAUUAUCGUAGCAUGUUCAUCAUAAUUAGAUAAAAAAGAUAGAAUGUAUUUUGACUGAAUUUCAGAUAAAUAACAAAUUCAAA